GUACUAAAUUGAAAAACAAAUGGAGUUUUGGUACUUCCUGGUUUUAUCAACUCUCUUUAUAGAGUCCACAGGAGCAAAUCCAGGGAAACUCUAUAAUGCAAUGGAAAACGAGGCUUUAAUUGUGUUGUGUCCCAGAUUAAAAAAACCUGAAUCUCAAAUUUACUGGACUCACUUUAAAUCUAAUAAAAACAUUACUACCAAUAAAAGAAAUAGGAUAUAUUCCUCAGAUGAACAACUAAAAUUUCUACCAACUUCAGUGAAUGACUCUGGAAUAUAUAAUUGUACUAGAAAAAGCCCCCGGGGCUCUUUUGGUGGAUAUGUGAAUAUUACAAUAUAUCCCAAACAACAAGGUUGUGUUGUCCCCAAAGACCUGUUAUACAUGACAACAAAAGGAACUUCUAUAAGGUCAAUGAUUUAUUGUCCUACAAUUGAACGUUAUGAUAAAAUAGCACAUGUGGACUGGUUUAAGAAUUGUAAAGCCCUCAAGGGACAAGCUUACUAUGCAAAGGAUGAUUACUUGAUAAUUAAAAAUCCAACUGCUGCUGAUGCAGGCAAUUAUACCUGUAAAUUCAUUUAUAGUGAAAAUGGAAUCAAUUAUACUGUGACUGCAUCUAGGCCAUUUAUAUUUCAAGGUGAAAGUAAUUUCUCCAUGUGUCCAGAAAUUUCUGUGCGCCAUGAAAUAGAAGUAGAGCUUGGAACCAAUGUGAGUAUCCCAUGUAAAACUUGUUUGGGAAAAGGCUUACAGAUGAUAGAUGAAGUUGGAUGGUGUGUUAAAAAGAAGAACACUAUUAAUUGCAUUGAAGAUUCUCGAUUUUAUGAGGAAAACGAAGCACCAAAGCCUAGUGAGAACUUGUACUGCAGAACCAUCACUUUAAGAAUAGCUAAUGUGCAGAAAGAAGACCUCUCCUUGGAAUUUUCUUGUUGGGCCUUGAAUGAGCAUGGAGUAAAAGAAAGCAACAUAAGUAUCAGAAUAAAAAAGACAACUGGUCAACAAAGCACCUACUGUAUGCUUGCAGGACUUAGUACAUUGUUAAUACUAAUCAUUAUAUUAACAGUUAUAUUAAAAGUAUUCUGGAUUGAUUUUAUUCUGCUGUGGAGAAAAGUAACUAGACCUUAUAAAUCCAGGGAUGAUGGAAAAAUGUAUGAUGCUUACAUCAUUUAUCCCAGAAACUACAAAAACAGGACUGAGAGUGUUAAUUCCAUGGAAUAUUUUGUUCACCAAAUUCUGCCUGAAGUUCUUGAAGAGAAAUGUGGAUAUCGCUUAUGUAUCUAUGGAAGAGAUCUUCUGCCUGGAGAAGAUGCAGCCAGUGAAAUGGUAAAAUGCAUACAGAAGAGCCGAAGGCAAAUAAUCAUAUUGAAUCCACAGGUGGAGCAUGGUGAGGAAUUUGCCUAUGAGCAAGAGAUUGCUUUGCACUGUGCUUUGAUGCAGAAUGACUCCAAGGUGAUCCUUAUUGAAAUGGAGACAACUGGUGACACCAGUGAACUUCAGGAUUCUCUCAAGCACAUUAUUAAACAACAAGGUAUUGAGUGGAAGGGAGACCAUGUCACCAACCAACGAUCAUUUAAUUCCAACUUCUGGAAGCAUGUACGGUACCAGAUGCCAGCAAGAAGUAUAGGCAGUUACUCGAUAAUGAGUCCAUUGGAAAAGACCUUUGCUGCCACAUGUACCCAGGAAUCAAAGAGGCAAAAAGUGGCAAGAUCUUUUAGUUAUGGGCAGAAUAAAGUAUAUCUUCUGUUAACCGGAGGCUCCAUGGAAAUCAUGAGCAAAAAACAGGCUUCUGAAAACCAGUUUGGGCUGAACCAAAGCCAGGGCAGGGCCCCCAACCUCAUCCUGAGAGGAGGGCUCCUUCCACAACGCUGGAGCAGCCUUCAGCAGUUGGCCUCACCUCUCUGGAAGUGCUCCUAA